UAACUUAAUCUCUGUGUCUAGCGUACCUUAUAUUUCUAUGUUAAACGUAUAAAAUUUAUUCAUUUUAUAUAACCCGAUGCUAUAUCAAACGUUUGUAAGGUAUUGUGGUUGCUAAUGACCCUAAUGGGUUGAUGCAACAGUAAAAAUUAAUUUCAGUUGCAUAUAUAAUGUAAAAUGGUCAAAUAUUUCGCGCGGGUUUUGAAACUCAACUAACUUCGGUUGAAAUCUUAUUAAAACCAUAUAAUUAUCUAACAGUUAACAUUUAAUUAUACAUUGUCACGCAAAAGUUCGAGGAUUGGAUUUUUUAUCGCAAUUUUUACUAUAGAUUCGAGUGUAUUCGAUUGUGUGUUUUAAAUUCGUUUGUACAUUUGUUCCAAAUACUCUUUGUUAAAUUCUACACCAUCGUCUCCAUUUUCACCGCCCGCCAUUUUAAAAAAUAAAUACAUUUGUGAAAUAAAAUAUCUGUGAUCCAAUAAUCCCAGAGGUAACACGUUUCUACAAGGCACUAUCGCGUAAGUGCAAUAGGUUUUACAUUUAAAAUACAAAUACAAUUCUUUUUGUUAAGUCCUACACCAUCGUCUCCAUUUUCACCACUUGCCAUUUUAAAAAAAUAAAUGUGUGAAUUAAAAUAGCUGGAACCCAAUUAUCCCAGAUAAGUAGGUAACACGUUUCUACAAGUCACUAAUCGCGUAAGUGCAAUAGGUUUUACAUUUGUUCCAAAUGCAAUUCUUUUUUGUUAAGUUCUACACUAACGCCUCCAUUUUCACAGCUUGCCAGUUUAAAAAAUAAAUGCAUUUGUGAAUUAGAAUAAUCCAAUAAUCCCAGAUAAGCAGGUAACACGUUCCUACAAAGCACUAUCACGUAAGUGCAACAGUUUUUACAUUCCAAAGACUCUUUGUUAAAUCCUACACCAUCGUCUCCAUUCUGACCGCCCGCCAUUUUAAAAAAUAAAUACAUUUGUGAAUUAAAACAGCUGUAAUCCAGUAAUCCCAGAGGUAACACGUUGCUUCUCUGCAAUUACCAUCCAUCCAAUAGGUAAUUGCAAGAAAACGGUCCACAUGUAGACGAUAACGCAUCUACUCUCCCAGAUAGCACGCAGCAGCUAUAGAUCACGAACUCCCGCCACGGACGAUUUUAAACCGCAUUCACAUCGACUCGUUAAAUGAUUCCUCCUUCGCGGCCGUACAAUUGAACUGUUGGUUACCUCGUAGACGUUUGCAUCAUCGGAAAAUUGUUCGUUGACAGGCGGGUCAAUUGAACAACGCGGCUCCUUCAUCUCUGGGUUUCUCACCGUGGACGGUAUUCUUGACCGUGGCUAGCUCGAAAUCGCCAGUACGAGCCGAGUAGACGUCGCAGCUCGUCGUAGAGUGAUCGAGAUACGUCGUUGCCGGAAGUCGAUCCACGGUUUGUGUACACGAUUGAUCCCGCGGAUCAGCGGCGGGUUUGGCAGCGAAGCCAGUGGAGUUGCCGUUAAGUAUAGCAGCCGCGACCUGGCAGCGACAGUGUGUCAAGAUCACUUGAUCCCGCUACGCCUUCGCCUUCGAACGCGUACACGCUCGAGUACCGAUUGUUGCUUCUCUUUCUCUGGGUCAGCAGGAGAGCCGUACUCGAGCUCACAAAGCAGACGGGAAUUCCGGGUGAACAGUGGGUGCGACGAGGACCUUCGACGAGAAGGGGACCGGCUACCGUGGAACCGUCGUUUCUUCGAGUGGCAAUCGAGCGUUGGGGGGAAUCGAUAGCCCGGGCCACGGCGUUCGUGUGUAGCGACGGAUGUGAUCUUGUUACUCGGAGGAUGCAGCCAGGGGUGACAGUAGUUCUGGCCACGGUCUGGCUGGCGGUGUACGCGGACGUGGUGGGGACCGCCAACCUCUACCCCUCCCGCCUUACUCUCGAUCAAUACUCCCCUUUGGCCCCGCGACGCCAUGGAGUUUAUCGAAAAGUCGAGGGCCAACUGGACUGGAAGGAUCAGAAUCCUGCCGAGAAUCAGCCGCUCGACCUUUCGAUCGGCCCGCGAAGGUCGAUUUCUGCGAACACCGAGUCUGUCGACCACUCGUUCGGGUCCAAAUACCUCGAGAAGGACGUGAUCAUCCCACGGAUGGGGAACAGCGCCGUCGACGAUUUCUCGCCUCUCUUCGACGUCAAGCAGUUCCAUAAUUACGACGGUCGAAAAUUCGCGGACGAGAAGGUCGAUGGCGGAGGGCCGAAGACACCGAAAUUACUUUCGCGCGAACUACCGCCGUCCGAAUUGGAGGAUCCUUUCGUGGCCGACGACACGUUCCAAGAUCAAGGGCCGGGCUCCGUGGAGAUAUACAAAUUAGACCUUCUCCGAGAGAAGCCUCUGCUGAGCCCAACGCCCGCGACAAGAUUGUUAACGAAGAGUAAAAGCAAGACACCGAAGAAGAGCGGGCACGUUAACUGGAAGGUGAAAACGACGGAGUACAGAGCCACCAGCCCGAAGAUGAUCCACAAACAGUCGAACACGUUCGACGACAGCAGCACGGAGCUGCCACCCAACAGCGAUCCGUUCAGCAUAGGUGGAGUGCCCGAAUUGCAAGUGGGCUGCGAGGGUUUGGAGGCGUUCGACCACAAGCAAAAGAGAUCCAUAGAUCCGCCGACCAACGAGAAGAACUUGGAAACUGGCGUCGAUCUGUGGGCGGAAGCGACGCCUAUAUCGCUGAACGUGGACUACGAGCUCUCGGAGGAGGAUGGCUACGAAGAAAUGGACGAGCUCCUGAAGCUCAGGAAAUUGGAGACCACCACGAAGAGGAGCAAGCACAACCGCGGCGACAUGGAGGCGACUCUUCAUUUGGACUUCUUCGAGGAGAAAAGACGAGCGGAGAAAUUACCGGUUCGGGGAGACUUGGGCAAGGUUAAAGUCGCCAACGAGUCGGCUACUUUGCCGGCGACUGUUCCCGAUAAUCAGAGAGCAGAAAAGGGGGAGAACAAAGGCUCGCGUUUUGGUAGAGCGAAACGAAGCGUUCCCGGCGGCUCGGCGGCCAAUCAAAGUCGUAAAAUCUUGUGGGUGGAUGAUUCGGGGCUGGAGGAUAGCUCGAAGCGCGAGGUUUGGGGUUACGGGGAAGACGAGGGCGUAGUGACGAGCGACGAGUUGCAAACUGAGAAUCAGCGACGCCGGAAACAGGAGGAGAGAAGGAGAGAAGAGGAGGCUAGGAGGCGAAGUCGUAUCGAGGAUCGAACCGAGUACGAGAGGGAGGUCGAACGAAGGCGGAUGGAGGAGGAGAAACGCAGAAGGUACGAGUCUCGCCACGCUUCUCCGGACGAGGAGGAGAGGAAGUGGCAACGACAGCUGAAAGAGAAUCGUUCGAAGGAACUGGAGAAAAGAAGGAUGCUCGAGGAGGAACGAUCCAGGUGGGAGGGAGCGACUAGGAGGAGGCAAGAGCAGCAAGAGUUGGACAGGAGAAAUUUGGAAGCCAGGAGAAGGGAGUGGAUGCUGAAGAGGAACAGAGAGGAGGAAGAGAGGAGAAGGAACGAAUCGCCACCCAGCUCGUUGUACGCGAUGAGAGCGAGUCCCAACGAGAGCAGACCGUACGACCCGGAAACGGAGAGACGAAUGAGGGAACAGCAGCACAGGGAUCGCGAGCAGAAGGUGAGAGAGUACGUGCAACGCAAUCGACCGAUCAACGUGAACGGUUCCGUGGAUCGACGCAAAGAGGAGGCCAAGAAGAGGCUGGAGGAGGAACGAAGAAGGCUGGAGGAAGAACGCAAGUUGCAGGAGUACAUUCGACGAAAUCAGCCUAUACACGUGCACAGAGCGAACGAAUCCAACGCGAGAUACUUCUUGGAGCACAGAAGAACGAUGGACAGCGCGGGAUCGAAUAAUCGGCCGAGGUAUCCGAUGCCGGAAACUGGCAGAAGAAAUCACGGUCCGUCUGCCCCGACGUACGUCUAUCCUCAAAGCUACACGAACAGAGGGCUCGAGGAGCAGAGAGUUCGCGAGAUGGAAAGGCAGGAGGAGCUGAGGAGAGAAGCUGCGAGGCGGGAGAAAGAGGUUCGAAGGAUACAGUCGAGACGAUACGAGGAGCAACGAAGGAGACAGGAAGCGGCAAAGUUGGAAGCCGACAGAAGGAUCAAGGAAUUGGUAGAGGUGGAGGCUAGGAGAAGUCAAGCUGGAAGGACCAGACCGACGGAGAACACGAGACCGGCGUACGAGGACCGUAGGCGAUUCGAGGAGCAACGGAGAAGACAAGACGCGAGUCUUAUUCCAGUCAAUUUACGUUUGAACGAGUCCAGGCGAACCAUGGAGCUCGAAAGACAAAGGCUGGAGCAACAGAGAAGGAGAAUCGAGGCCGAGGGGCGUAGACAGGAGGAAAGCAGAACGAAAGAGGCCAGGGAGAACGAGGAGCGCGCCAGGGCCGUGAAAGAGGAAUGGAAACGGCGACAGGAAGAGGCCAGACUGAACGCGCUACCUGUGAGCGCAAGAAUAAUAGUCCAGCCUGGAGCAUCUUCCUCCCCGCCGGUCCUGUUAUCGAGGGCAGGUGUCAACAAUGAUAUCGAUUUCUCGGGUAUUAAUCCGAAUCGUCAGGGGUUGCAAGUGAGCAACUUUCCAGCCCCGUCGACCCGAUGGCCGCCAGUGAGGAGCCCUCCACUCUGCGUUUGGGCGGUUGUACGUUGUUGCCCGUACAACGCGAACCGUUUGGUGACGUGUUUCGAGUCAGCCGGCUGCCCAGGUGUCAAUUGGGACCCGAAUCCAUGCAGGGCCUCCAUUAUGCGUGCCGCUACCGAGCAGGUCACGAAAUUCUACGCGGAAGCCGAGGAGAACAGACAUCUUUAAAAGAUGCGCGUAACGAAUAGGAUAAGCUCUCGGUGGAUCGUUGGGAAAUUUAGUUGAUAUCAAUCUCGAAGAGAUUACACUUCAUCCGAGGAAGCUUAAGGUGAAACUUAAACGGGGAUCGCAGGACGAGUCGAUAUUUUAAUGAAGCUCGGAUAUGUGAAUUUCAAGAUCAAACGAUGAUAGCUCGGAGAAUGCUUUGUUCGAACUUUUCUUCUUGUUGUUGACGAUUUGACACGAGGCGUUCUCGAUUGUUUUUUUAUGGUUCUUCACUGACACGGUCUUACGGUGUUCAAUUUCGUGUUGUAAAAGAAGUUUACUUUUUAUUGUUCGAUAUACAGAGAGUAAAUAACAUUCUCUCGUGUGAAGAGAAAUCGGGAGAUUCUGUACUAUUUUGCAAUUUGAGAAUAAAAUGUACAACAACCUUACAUUUUCAAAUUAAUAAUUAUCAAUUUUUCAUAGUACGAAUUAUUUUCUGGUUGCAAUUUGUCGUUUUGCAACACCUUGAAUAAGAAACUUGAACAUUUGGCAACCUGCUUCGUAAUUUUUUGCGGGUAUUACAAACAUUAUGACUUAUUGGAAGUUUGGAACAAUUAUUGGUAAAUAAUUUCGUCAAGAACUUUUUUAAAUAUUUGUUUAACGUCGCACGAAGUGCACCCAGGUGGUUGUCUAAUAUUCUAAACAAAGUAUAUUCGUCAGAAACUGGAAGAUAAUUUAUGAAUACAUAACUGAAGAUUCCAUAAACAUAAGAAACUUCGAAUUUACUAUUUCCGAAGGACUUUCAUUGCAACAAAUUAUACAAGACGGUGGAGAAGACAGUCAGUUGUUAAUAAACGUUUCUGUUAUAAAUAUGUCGUUUACAAACAGUAAACAGUAUUCGCGUUGAUAUCGUCAUUUGAUGCUUAUAUUCACAUUACCGAAAAUGUAUUAAAAUUGCGUUCUGAAUGUUUACCUACUCGAACCCUCGAUCAUUUGAUAUUUCGACAGGACCGACGACAAACAGCAAAUAGAGCGCCAAUUUAUGCUCUUCGUUCUACUCGUAUUCUUAGAAACAAGUAAUCAUAAAGUCGAUAUUCUUCUAGUCGCCCUUUUUAGACCACGAUAGCGUUGCACGAUUUUAAAUUUAACAAAACAAACGAUCGCGUCAGCGGCUUCGAAACGAUACGUUUGUUCUUAUGAAACCGAUGCAUAAGAAAUUCUGCGAGGGUUGCAAACCUCUCAAAUACUCACAGUAAGCUGUUCCAUAUCUGUUAUUCAAUAUCUUUGCUUUUCAAUUUACAAGAAAUAACUCAUAGAGCCUGAAAAAUAAUGAGACCGAUAGGGUUUUCAAAACAUUAAAAAUUCUUCAGCCUUAAUGACAACGUUAAAUAAAUUUUAGUAUCAUAAUUGCACGAACAUGUCAGCCAUUUGUUUUAGAAGUUUAUAUUUAGAGAUAAAUCGUGUAACAAUUGUUACUGGUAAAAAAUAUUUAACUACUUAUUUCGUUUUACAUGCUCUCGAACGAUUAUGGCUUAGAAAAUCUGUUCCAACAUUUCUAAAUUACUUUCUGAUGAUUUUAUUAAUUUAAUUAUGAAUUAAACCCUUAGUCACGUAUUUAAUGAUUUUGGUAUUUGACGAUCUUCUUUUUUUAAUCAAAUUUUUUAAUUUUAUCUGGAAAUAGCCCAGAAAUACAAUUUUUCAAUUUAAUUUAAAUUAUAGUUAAAAAAUACACAAAACAUAAUAUAGCAUAUAAUAAUAUACUUAUUCCAUUUUAGGAUGUCAAACAGAAUAUUGUUCACCAAAUAUACCUCUACCAAACUUGAUGAUCAAGUUAGAUUGUCAAUUUUUGUUACUUUUUAUUGAACUAUGUUUAUGAGAAUUUUUACUUACAAUUAGAUUCAAUUUUAUUAUUUGUUUGUCCACAUGGUCUAUAAAUGUCACUUUAUUAUAAAUAAUAUAAAGCUCCCUCAAAGCUUAAAAAGGGGUCACAACGUUCAACAAGUUAGAAACCGUUGAAUUAAAAGAUUUUGAAUAAUUAUUAAUCGUAAAAUAAACCGUGCAGCAUUCACUCGAAGUGUCUGUAAAAUUUUGUAAAAAUUUCAAAAGGGUAUUCUCGUUCGGGAGCAAAAAUAUUUAAAUUUCAAACUUUCUUUUUCAAGAGUAAGAUAAAGCCUUUCCUAAAGAAAAAUUACUACGUUUCCUUCGUAUUCUGUUAAAUUGGAAAAUCAGAUCUCUAAAUAUUGCAGUACAUUUUUAUUUACCUUUUCACGUGGUUAAGAUUCUAUAAAAAUGUGACAAAAUAUCCUCUAAUUACGAAAAGUUAAUAAAAAUAAGCUUUUUAUUUCACUAGUAGACACUUGGGGGAAACGCUAAAAAUGUAGACGACAUUCAAUUCUCUAAUUAUAAGAAUAAAUGUUAAACAACGGUGGAAGUAAUUAACUAUCUUAAUUCAAAACACAGACAAAUAAAAUAACUAAUAAUGUCCAUAUUAUUGAUAAAAAAAAUUUGGAAUAAUUCAAAGUGGUGAAGUACGCGGUAGAAGAAGAUCGAUCAUUUUGAACUUACGAGCGAGGAUACGCGCUUAAAAUGAUCCCUCGAUCGUCGAGGAACGCUCGUUCCUCUUAGCUUCGCAAGAAAAAGGAGCAACGAAAUAGCAAUCGUUAUGCUUUACGAGUCUAGAAUGUCGAGGGGUAGCCAACAUUCAACAGAGAGUAACUGAUCGUUUGAAAGUAAUUAACUAUCUUAAUUCAAAACACAGACAAAUAAAAUAGCUAAUAAUAUCCAUAUUAUCGAUAAAAAAAAUUUGGAAUAAUUAAAAGUGGUGAAGUACGCGGUAGAAGAAGAUCGAUCAUUUUGAACUUACGAGCGAGGAUACGCGCUUAAAAUGAUCCCUCGAUCGUCGAGGAACGCUCGUUCCUCUUAGCUUCGCAAGAAAAAGGAGCAACGAAAUAGCAAUCGUUAUGCUUUACGAGUCUAGAAUGUCGAGGGGUAGCCAACAUUCAACAGAGAGUAACUGAUCGUUUGAAAGUAAUUAACUAUCUCAAUUCAAAACACAGACAAAUAAAAUAACUAAUAAUGUCCAUAUUAUUGAUAAAAAAAAUUUGGAAUAAUUCAAAGUGGUGAAGUACGCGGUAGAAGAAGAUCGAUCAUUUUGAACUUACGAGCGAGGAUACGCGCUUAAAAUGAUCCCUCGAUCGUCGAGGAACGCUCGUUCCUCUUAGCUUCGCAAGAAAAAGGAGCAACGAAAUAGCAAUCGUUAUGCUUUACGAGUCUAGAAUGUCGAGGGGUAGCCAAUAUUCAACAGAGAGUAACUGAUCGUUUAGUGUUGGCCGGUCGCCAGGUUCGGUGUCGAGUCAGUUAGCACGCGAAAAUAUAGUCAUAGAGAGAAAACGAAAACGAGAGGCAGGAGGGGAAAAAGAGAGAACAAUAGCGCGACAUUUGUUCGUAUCACAGACGCACGUGCAAUUAAGCGUGUUCGUUUCGCGUUUAACGAACGUAGAAUUAUUAACUCUUAAGUCUUUCUCUUUUUUUUUCUUUUUUUUUUGUACGUAGUCGUCGAGUUAUACGUUCGCAGCUUUUUCACAUGUGAUAUAUAGAUAGGCUUUUAAUUCGCCGUAAUAUAGUUAAAUAUUUAUCUGUGUAACGAACGCGACUAAUGCUUCACGAGAAUACGUGCUCUGAUGCUGGGACGAGAGCUCUCUUGAAUUUAAAAAAAAAAAUACCUCGUCUGAGAAAUCUGUUAUUAUACGAUAUAAAUUAUGCAUGUUCGAAGGCGGGUACUACAGAAUCAGUUUCACGUAUUCGAGUGCGUUACGUGGCUACAGGCACACCGACGAGUUUCGAGUACAUAACAUUUGCGACUAUAAAUGUAUUUAGUUAAGCAUAGUUAAGUAUUUGUCGUCCCGCUUUGUCUGAGAAAUGUAGCGAAAUUUAUAGUAAUAUUUUUCUACUUGGUAUUUUCCAACAGAAUGUAAGAGUAUAACGAAAAUUUCUGGGAAUUCUUAGUUCGCUGUAAUAUAUGUAUAUUAAACAUUUGUUUCUGUAAUAGACGUAAUAAAAAUGCUGAAUUAAUCUUA